ACUUUGCGGAAGCAAGGAGGAGUUUUCCCUUCCCGUCCCUUUUUAGUCUUCUUCAGGUUUCAGAAAGCAGCUGCCUUUAAUGGGGAGCCGCAUUCCUACAUGCGUUUCAACUUGACCCAGAACAUGGAAGGCGAUAACAGCCAGGUGAAGCUAUCAUCCGAUAUGGAUGAGGAGGUUGGGGGAAAUGGUGUGGGAGAGCAUCUCAACCAUAACUCCAACCGCAAACCCUACAUGGCUCAAAAGCUGGGACGCGCACAGAAGAAUCUCUCCUUCGUGGCAGCUGCCACCAUUUUCAUCUUAAUCGGGUACUUUAUUGGCUAUCUAGUUCAUCGGAAGAAAGACUGUGCUGAAAGACCUGUUGAACACGAGACAGGUGCUGCCCCUCUCAUGGACUGGGAUGAUGUCAAAAAGCUCUUUGCACAAAAACUCUCUCCAGCCAAAUUUGAACCUGUCCUCGGUGAGUUUUCCACUGCUGACCACCGAGCUGGUUCUCCAGGAGAUGAAAGUUUGGGGAACAAGGUGCUCAACAGGUUUAAAGAGUACGGCAUGAACAGCUGGACCGAUGAGCACUUUGUUAAGGUUCAAGACCCUCCAGCUUCUGGUUACAACAAAGUUGUUUUCAAGAACGGAAAUAAGGAGCUUCUACGUGGAUUUCUGUCAUAUAGUGGCAAUGGAGCAGUAAAGGGUGCCGUGUUGUAUGCACAUUACGGGGAGGAAAGUGACUUCAGGAUGCUGCGCGACAAGAACAUCAACAUGAGUGGCCGGGUCAUGCUGGUCAGAGCUGGUAGGAUCAGCUUUGCUGAGAAGGUUGCUAAUGCUGCCAAAAUGAGUGCCUCUGCUGUGUUGAUCUACCCAGAUUCUGCUGAUUACACUUCUCAUGAGACCACUCAGUUCUUUGGACAUGUUCACCUGGGUUCAGGAGAUCCCUACACACCAGGCUUCCCCUCUUUCAACCACACUCAGUUCCCACCGGUCCAGUCUUCAGGCCUGCCAAAAAUCUUGGCUCAGACCAUCACAGCACGCAUGGCUACCAACAUUCUGAGGCAGCUGGGGGGUCAGAAUGUGCCUGAAGGUUGGGGAGUCGUCACCAAACUGGGAGAUGAGACCGAUGUUAUUACUGUGGAAGUCAACAAUGUUCUUACUGAGAAGAAGAUUAUAAAUGUCUUUGGGGUCAUCAAAGGCUUCGUGGAUUCAGAUCGAUAUGUGGUUAUUGGUGCCCAGAGAGAUGCUUGGGGUUCAGGUUUUGCUGCAUCGACUGUCGGGACCAGCGUCCUUGUUGAGCUGGCACGUUCCAUAUCGGACAUGGUGAAGAACAAUGGAUUCAAGCCAAGGAGAAGCAUUGUGUUUGCCAGUUGGAGUGCUGGAGAGUAUGGGAGCAUUGGCGCCACUGAGUGGUUGGAGGGUUAUCUUUCUUCUCUGAGCAUGAAGGUCUUCUCCUACAUCAACCUGGAUGGAGUCGUAUCAGGUCGGAAUGGAUUUAAAGUGGCAGCCAGUCCCUUGAUGUAUAACCUGAUCGAGGGCGCUCUGAAGGAGGUAAAUCACAACGGGCCAGAAGGACUUUUAGUGAACUACCCAAACCAGGCAUCUCUCUAUUCUCAAUUUGCAAAGGGCAACUGGGAACAAAAUCUGUUGGAGCCUAUGAAGUUGGAUAAUGCUGCAUAUCCAUUCCUCGCCUUUUCUGGCAUUCCCUCAGUGUCAUUUAGAUUCACUUCUGGUAAUCCAGAGUAUCCGUACUUUGGCACAAUGCUGGACACCCGGGAGAAACUGAACGCUGCCACAUCCAACCAGGUUCCUCAGCUGGCUGAAACAGCAACCCGGUUUGCAGGUCACAUGGUGCUGAGGCUGGUCCAUGAUCAUUUGCUGCGGAUGGACCUGAUGAAGUAUGACAAGAUUAUACGGAAUCGGGUGGCUCAGAUCAACAGGGAAGUUCUUAAGAUUAAGAAGAUGCAUCCCCAGCUGUUGCCUAAGGCCCUGACAGUGAAGUGGUUGAUCAUGGCCCAUGGCUCCUACAGCCGCGCAUCUCAAAGCCUGGCAAGAGACAUCAAGAACAGCGACCUGGAAGACAUAGAAAUGUGCCGCAUCAUUAAUGACCGCAUCAUGUCGGUGGAAAGGAACUUCCUGUCACCCUAUAUGUCUCCCAAAGAGAGUCCUUUCCGUCAUAUCCUGCUGGGGUCUGGUCCUCACACUCUCAAGGGUCUGUCCAACCACCUGGAAGCCCUCAGGGCUGACAACCCUGAGGCAGACGCCGACCUGUUCCGUCACCAGUUCGCCCUGGCAACCUGGACCAUUCAGGGCUGUGCCAACACUAUAGCAGGGGACAUCUGGUCUUUGGAUAAUGAAAUCUAAAAUGUAUUUUCUGCCCUCCUCCCUUGUUCAAGGUUUGGCCCUUUUUAUCACGACUAGCAGUGUGAAAACCAGUAGGCUGUGACGAUUCACCAACAGUCACGGUUUCUAAAUGUAUACCAAAAGCACAGUCAUAUCACCUCUAUUCUGUAAUCUUCAACAUUUCAGUCAUGAGUUGCCCCAUCUCCCUCCUUUCUGAAAUUCUCCACAAAGCCAAACAGUGAUCAAACGUACAUAAUCCUUCUGCCUUAACAAAAAGUUGAUCUCUUUUCCGUUUUACCAUGUGGUACUAAAAUACCACAUUAUGAAUACUUUGGUGCUAGUAACGACUACCUUCAAGCGGCCAUGUUAUGUGGCAGUACUACUUAAAUUGGUGUUUGAUGAAUGUAGUGAAAGUGAUGCUUUUUCAGCACAGUAUCAGGUCAUCUGUUUGCCAGCUCAGA